AUGUCUCUUUCCAACAAACUGUCCAUCACUGACCUCGAGCUCGAGGGCAAGCGCGUCCUGAUCCGCGUUGACUUCAACGUCCCUCAACAAGAUGGCAAGAUCACCAAUCCAGCACGCAUCGUCGCAGCGCUGCCCACCAUUAAAUAUGCCAUCGAGAAAGGCGCAUCGACCGUGACACUGAUGUCCCAUCUCGGAAGACCAGAUGGCAAGGUGGUGGAAAAGUACUCCCUCAAGCCAGUCGCUGCCGAGCUUGAGAAGCAAUUAGGCAAAUCAGUCACGUUUCUGAACGAUUGCGUGGGCCCGGAGGUCGAGCAGGCCGUUGCAUCUGCUCCGGCUGGUUCCGUCAUUCUCCUCGAGAAUCUACGAUUCCACAUUGAGGAAGAAGGUUCCGUAAAAAACAAGGACGGCACGAAGACGAAGGCUGAUCCCGCAAAGGUUUCGGCGUUCCGAGACAGCCUCACCAAGCUUGGUGAUGUCUACAUCAAUGACGCUUUCGGCACUGCUCACCGCGCCCACUCAAGUAUGGUGGGAGUGAAAUUGCCGCAGAGAGCCGCUGGCUUCCUGGUCAAAAAAGAACUCGAAUUCUUCGCCAAAGCAUUGGAACAUCCGGAACGCCCCUUCCUUGCGAUCCUCGGCGGUGCUAAGGUCUCGGACAAGAUCCAACUCAUUGACAACAUGCUGGACAAGGUUAACUCGCUAAUUAUCUGCGGCGGAAUGGCUUUCACCUUCAAGAAGACGCUCGAGAAUGUUGCGAUCGGCAAUUCACUCUUCGAUGCCCCCGGAUCAGAGAAAGUCGCAGGGCUUGUGGAGAAGGCUAAGAAGAACAACGUUAAGCUCGUCUUCCCCGUCGAUUUCGUCACUGCCGAUAAGUUUGACAAAGAUGCCAAGACUGGCACGGCCACGGAAGAGGAAGGCAUUCCCGAUGGAUGGAUGGGUUUAGACGCGGGUCCAAAGAGUCGCAAACUCUUCCAUGACACUGUCCUUGAGGCUAAGACUAUCCUAUGGAAUGGUCCUCCUGGUGUCUUCGAGUUCCCCGCUUUCGCUGAGGGCUCCAAGGCUUUACUGGACGACGCUUGCGAGGCAGCUGCCAAAGGUGCCGUCGUAAUUAUCGGAGGAGGUGAUACCGCCACCGUCGCAGCUCAAUAUCAUGCGGAAGACAAGUUGAGCCAUGUCAGCACUGGUGGUGGUGCGAGUCUAGAGCUUCUCGAGGGCAAGACACUUCCUGGUGUUGCCGAGCUGAGUGAAAACCAAUUGUUGGUCAUGGCUCGGAAUAAACGGAAAUCUGCGCGCACUAAUGCCAAUGCCAACAAGUCGCCCUCCCCCUCGUCUCGGGAGCACUCUCCCGCGCGCACAGAUGAUCAUGGUCCUCAAAACGCUUCUAAAGACGACCUCUGCCCCGCAUGCCCCACUGAACCAUCACAAGCCAUUCAAGAAAUGGUAGAGAAGGAAAGCUGGGUCCGAUGCGAUGCUUGUAAAGCUUGGUACCACUGGAGAUGCGCUGGAAACGGUGGCGAAGUCGAGACGAUAGACAAAUGGUUUUGUGGACCAUGUCUGGAGGCAGAUCCCAAGCGUACUAUCACUGUCAAAGGACCAGCCCGCAAAUCAUCCCGGAAACGGACACAAAGGGAUUACGCCAAUUUGAACGCAGGGGUAGGCUCGGAUCCGACUCGCUGGACGAGACUUAUGGAGGGCAAGGCGAUCAAGAACGCACGCUUUAAGCACAUGCAUGGAAGUGAGGUCGGGGCUGAGUGGCUAGAAGAGGAUGAACAAGCCAUGAUGGAACCUAUCAUAAUUGACCACCCCGAAGGGCUCGGGAUGCAGAUGCCUGCUUCUGAUUUCACUGUUAGUGAUGUCGCCGAUAUUGUUGGCGAGGACCAUCCAGUUGAAGUAAUAGAUGUCUCGACUCAAUCCACUUCCCCGGGCUGGACCCUCCGGCGAUGGGCCGACUAUUAUGAACAGGAGCCUUCGGCGCGAGAAAAGGUCCUGAAUGUCAUUUCACUUGAAGUAUCAGGUACUCCUCUAGCGGAUCAAAUACUCCCGCCACGAAUCGUGCGGGAGUUAGACUGGGUGGAGAAUUUCUGGCCGAACACUCGGAAGGGAAAGGGACAUACAUAUCCCAAAGUUCAACUAUAUUGCUUAAUGGGGGUGACUAACGCAUGGACGGAUUGGCAUGUCGACUUCGCGGGCUCGUCGGUAUAUUACCAUAUCAUCCGAGGUUCCAAAGUGUUCUACUUCAUCAAACCCACUGCCGCUAACCUCGCUGCCUACGAGCGUUGGUCUGGCUCUGAAAUCCAGAAUCAUGCAUGGUUGGGUGACCUCGUGGACGAGGUCGUCAAGGUCGAGUUGACAGCGGGGAAUACAAUGAUCAUUCCGACGGGUUGGAUACAUGCUGUACAUACGCCCAUGGAUACAUUGGUAUUUGGAGGCAAUUUCUUGCAUUCUUACAAUGUUUCUACGCAGCUGCGGGUACGCAACAUUGAAAUCGCUACGAGAGUCCCAAAGAAAUUCAGAUUCCCCAUGUUUGCCAAGCUCUGCUGGUACGUCGGUGAGAAAUACCUCAGAGAUCUCAAGAACAAGGAAGAGUUUCCUCCACGAGUAUUGGCCUCAAUCGCAGCUUUGGCUGACUUCUUGGUCAGCGAAGCGAGAAUUCUUGAGAAAGGUCCAGAGCAGGCGAAACGGGAGUCAAAGGAACAAGUGCCGAGUGAUCGUGUCAAAGACCCCCCUGCUAUCUCCAGGGAACUACGAUGGAGAGUUCGACAGGCCCUAGGGCAUGAUUCCGACGAUGAGGAUAGCCGGCCCAAGGAGAAUGCCAAUCACCCGCGCAAACGUCCAAGAUCUGAAAGCUCAGAUGGAGUAGUCUCGCAUUUCAGGAAUUUCAAGCCUAGGGGAUGGGACAAAGUUAGAACCCAAUCCAGUGAGGAUCAGGUUGUCCAGGAGAAGGUCCAGCGACCUCCUAUCGACGGCGACGACUGGAUAGAGACGUGGCCAGACGCCGCGAAGAUGGAGGAGGACGAUUCUAUACUUGCGGACAAACGGAUACGGCGGGACAGCAUGGUGAGGGUGAGGCUGAAGAAGGACGGCGGGAUGGAGAGGCAGCGAAUAGACAGAAUAUUAGAAGACUGGACUUGGCAGCAGACAUAG